AUGCAUGACAUACCGAUCCCAACCCGGAGCUUCCAACCCGGUUCCAUCCAGUUGGAUGAAUUUAAGCGAAUUUGUUCACGCACAGUUGAUACCUUCACCUACCCAUUGGCCUGUGCAGUGGAGCGUAAUAUUCCAAUCUAUGACGUCGGAGUGGGUGCUGUCGCCACGAUCUCACAGCUACAGGAUGAAUGGCAUCAUAUCCUGCACACUGGCCCAGGUGUCUUCGUCCUACGAAAUAUGUACCACCCCGACCGGUACGGCCAAGUCUUGUCCGCCUCGAACGAGGCUUUCAAUCGCAUCAUCGCCAGGGAACGCGAAUCCAACACAUCUCAAGGGGACCACUUUGCCGCCAGUGGCAGCAACGACCGAAUCUGGAAUUCUUUCAACAAACAUGGCGCCGAAGACCCCACAUCAUUCGUAGACUACUACGCCAAUCCUUGGUUAGCCGCCGUCUGCACUGCGUGGCUUGGUCCAGGCUAUCGAGUAACCGCACAGGUCAAUGCGGUCCACCCCGGCGGCGCAGCUCAGGAAAGUCACCGUGACUUCCACCUGGGGUUCCAAGAGGCAGAUGCGUGUGCCCGUUUCCCAGCGCCAACCCAGCUGGCGACGCAAUUCCUUACCCUGCAGGGAGCCGUCGCGCACACGGACAUGCCCGUCGAGAGUGGGCCGACGCGCUUCCUACCAUUUUCUCAAACAUAUGCCCCUGGGUAUCUCGCCUGGCGCCGCCCGGAUUUCCGUACCUUCUUCCAAGAUAACUAUGUCGCAUUGCCGUUGACUCUGGGAGACGGUGUUUUCUUCAACCCAGCACUCUUCCAUGCAGCAGGGGCAAAUGUGAUGGAUCCGAAUAACGGUGGGUUUCGGCGUGUCGCGAACCUGUUGCAAGUAAGUAGUCCGUUUGGUAAACCGAUGGAGACGGUGGACUCUUUACCACUGGUAAAGGCUACUUGGGAUCUACUGGUUCAGCGAUAUCAAGCUGCUGGGAAACAGAUUGCCGACCAGGACCUUGAUCCCCAAUACUCGCUCGCAGCACGGGAGAUUAUGGCAUACAUCCAGGCUGUGGCGGAGGGAUACCCAUUCCCCACGAACCUCGAUCGUCGACCACCUGCCCCCAGUGGGAUGGCACCGGAGAGUGAGCAAGAUGUGCUGCUACGGGGAUUGGAGGCAGGAUGGGAUUGCGUAGAGAUGAUUGCUGCAUUGGAGAAGAUUCGAAAUGACGAAAGAGCUUAA